CCCUCAAGAUGAAGCCCGUCAGCCUUAUCGUCUUCCUGGUGAUAUUUGCCUUUGGAUUCCUGAUGCCUUGGGCUGUGGAAGGUGCUACCAGACCAAGAGAUAAACCUGGAAAGUGCCCUUUCAUACGCCCUGCGCUGUGCAUUAGACAAGAACCUCCCCGGUGCCGUAACGACUGGCAGUGUCCACAGAGGCAAAAAUGCUGCCGCGAUGUUUGUGGCAUCAAAUGCAUGAAUCCUGCAGUAGUCACUCCUGGGAGAUGUCCAGUGGUCAUUGGCCAGUGUAACAAGCAGAGACCCAUAAACCACUGCCUGAAUGACAGCCAGUGCCCGAGGGGUCUCAAGUGCUGCAGGAUGUCAUGUGGGAAUUCAUGUGUCCGGCCGCUGCCAGGUCCAUUCGUGCCAGUUAAAAAACAGUAGGACUUCCUGGUCUGUGUGGCCUGGGGAUUUCCUCUUCCCCCUAAGCCUGGAAAAAAAUGAGAGCACCUUGGAGAGGAUGUGAUUUGGUGACCAAUACCUCCCUGGGGGCCAAGAUUUGGCCUGUUUAAUCUGUGUAUCCCCAGCAUCCAACGUGAAGCUUGGCACAUGACAGGAAAUGUUUGUUGAUUAGUGAAUAAAUAAAUGCACCAGG